AUGCAACUCCUCUCCGGUCUUCUUGGCCUGGCCGCCGUCGCCUCGACCACGCUGGCCGCCGUGAGCAAGAGCAGCCCGCCGGCGGCAAACGUGUCCGUGCUGACGACAUUUUCCUUUCCCAGCUGGGCCGAGAACCUGGCCGUGCGCGCCAGCGGCGAGAUCCUUGUCUCGCGUCUGGAGGCGCCCGCCGUCUACCAGAUCGACCCGGCCACGGGCGCUGCCACGCUGGUUUAUGCCUGGGAUGCAAGCGCGUACAAGGGCUGUCUGGGCAUUGCCGAGAUGACAACCGACGUAUUUUACGUCAUUACGUCUGCCUUUAUCGACGACGACUUUGUUAAGCAGAGCGGGAUCAACUCCAUCUUCGAGGUGGACAUGCGCGCCUUUGUCAUCGGCAGCGACGGUGUCGUCACGACCAACGCGACCGUCCGCAAGCUCGUCGACGUCCCCGAGGCCGACUUCCUCAACGGCAUGGCCGUGCUGGAUGACAGCUACAUCCUCGUAUCGGACGUCUACGCUGGCGAGAUCUACAAGAUCGACACGGCCACGGCCAACUAUAGCGUCGUGAUCAGCGACCCCCUGAUGAAGUUUGACUACGCUUCCCACCCGCCGACCAACCUGGGCUCCAACGGGAUCAAGAUCCAUGACGGCUGUCUCUACUGGACCAAUACGGCCGCUGGCUUCCUCGCACGCAUCGCCAUCGACGCCGGCGCCAACCCGAUCGGCAGCUCUGCCAUUGCCGUCACCGGUGUGCCCAAGGCUGACGACUUCUUCAUCCGCAGCGACGGCGUCGCUUUCAUCUGCCAGAACCAGAUGGACACCCUCAGCGUCGCCUACCUCGACAACUCCGCCUCCACUCCCGCAUACGCUAUUGCUGGCAGCAACACCUCCACCAUCCUUGCGGGCGUCACCGCUGCCAAGUUUGGCCGCCGGUCUGUCGACGAGUCCACCCUCUACCUGUCGACCAGCGGUGCCCUUGCUUUGGCCAUCAAUGGAAGCGUUGUCGUCGCUGGUACCAUCUCAUCCAUCGACACCACAUUGUACUAA